AUGAGGACCUUGUCGAAAUGCUUCCAGAAUCUGCAGUCAUCUUGCAGGUUUUUUCUCCAAGCCAAGAGAUGCUUGGUCUCUCCGAUCACUUCACACUACGAAGCUAUAAACCGGGGUGAACAAGAAGUGCCUGAGUACUUUAAUUUUGCAUGUGAUGUUAUGGAUAAGUGGACGCAAGUAGAAAAGGAUGGAAAGAAGCCUCGGAACCCAGCCUUCUGGUGGGUAAACAAUCAGAGGGAAGAGGUGAAAUGGAGCUUUGAGGAAUUGGGAGUCUUGUCCCGAAAAGCUGCCAAUGUGCUCACUGGCCCAUGCGGCUUGCAGAGAGGUGACCGGAUCCUGAUGGUGCUGCCCCGGAUACCGGAGUGGUGGUUACUUCUUCUGGCUUGCAUACGAACAGGCAUCGUUUUUAUCUCAGGAACGUCCCAGCUCACCGCUAAAGACAUCUCCUACAGACUCCAGGCGUCCAAAGCCAAAUGCAUCGUGGUCAGUGAUCAGUUGGCUGGUGCAGUGGACUCUCUCGCGUCUGAAAGCAAGUUUCUGCAAACCAAAUUAAAUGUGUCUGAUAGCCCCAGAGAUGGCUGGCUGUCAUUCAAGGACCUACUCAGAGCAGCACCUCCUGAUUAUGACUGCGUUAAGACAAAAAGCCAAGAGCCAAUGGCCAUCUACUUUACCAGUGGGAGCACAGGACCCCCCAAGAUGCUGGUACAGUCCCACUGCAGUUACGGCAUCGGAUUUGCAUCCAGUGGCAGGCACUGGAUGGACCUGAGCCCUUUGGCCGUAUUCUGGAAUACAUCAGACACAGGAUGGAUUAAGGCAGUCUGGAGCAGUGUGUUUGCACCGUGGAUCACUGGAUCAUGUGUCUUUGUACAUCACCUACCUCAAUUUGAUCCCACAGUGAUACUAAACACUCUUGCAAACUACCCAAUUACCACUUUCUGUACAGCACCUACUGCAUACCGGAUGUUGGUGCAACAUGAUCUUACCAGCUACAAAUUCAUGAGUUUGAAGCACUGCCUGACUGGAGGAGAGCCACUCAAUCCAGAAGUGAUGGAAAAGUGGAAAAGCCAAACAGGGCUGGAUAUCUAUGAAGGAUACGGACAAACCGAAACAGUAACAAUAUGCUCUAACUUGAAAGGAAUGAGCAUUAAACCAGGAUCAAUGGGAAAGGCUUCCCCACCAUACGAUGUCCAGAUUGUAGAUGACCAGGGCAAUAUUCUGCCUCCUGGGGAAGAAGGGCUUGUUGCAAUCAGGGUCAAGCCAAAACGGCCAUUUUGCCUUUUCUCGGAAUAUAUUGAUAACCCAGAGAAAACAGCUGCCACUGAGCGUGGGGAGUUUUAUAUCACUGGAGACAGAGCGACCAGAGACGAAGAAGGCUACUUCUGGUUUGUGGGAAGGUCGGAUGACAUCAUCAAUUCUGCCGGGUACCGCAUUGGCCCCUUCGAAGUGGAAAGCGCCUUGAUUGAACACCCAGCAGUACAAGAAGCUGCGGUGGUCAGCAGCCCGGAUCCCAUCAGAGGAGAGGUGGUGAAAGCUUUUGUCAUCUUGUCCCCCACCUUCUUAGCACACGAUGCAGAAAAAUUAACCAGGGAACUGCAGGAUCACGUGAAAAAGGUCACUGCCCCCUACAAAUACCCCAGAAAGAUUGAGUUUGUCAACGAGCUGCCAAAGACAUUUGCUGGAAAAAUUCAAAGGAAUGUAUUAAGAAAUCGAGAAUGGAGGAAAGCCUAGAUGGAGUCAAACACUUGCCAAAGAAGUUCGUGUCCUGACCAGCUGCUUCGAUGGAGAACUUCCCCUUCUUGUUUCUUUUCUACACCGAUGGUGUCAUUCCGAUAUCCCAAGCAUUGACACAACACCAAACUCUGUAAAACAAACUUAAAAUCUGGAAUCCGCAUGGCAGACGUGGUGGCAAGAGAGGGCCCUCUAGCGCAGCAGCCCAAAUAUUUCCGUUGGAGGCAGGAAUCUCUGGGAAGCGCUGUGCUCCCCCAGCCCGCUGUCCGCUCGCGUUUGCUGAAAUGCAGGCACGAGGGCUGUGGCUUU